UGUGAGAGUGACGUAAUAAGAGACUUGCCUGGGUGGCUUUCUACUUCGCCAUCCUAAUGUACGGCACAAUCGACCAAGCAAGGCCACUCAUUCCUAAGGUAGCACGAGACUCGGUCGUGAUUGUGGCAAAGAGUUGCUAACCCACAUUCGGGUUAUACAAAAAAAUUUGUCACUUUGCAAGGCACAAUUUUGACGACAAUUAAAACUCCUCAAUCCCGUGAUUGAUUCAGUGUUGGCAGCUCGAAAAUAAUAAGAAGAAAAGUUUCGUCCUCACAAGGUCGUUUGAAUAUCGUUUGUUGCGCAUUCGGAAGCAACAAUGGGAACAACUCAUGAGAUACCAAUAACACCUCGAUAAUUUUGCUUUUGAAGGCAUACAUGGCAGCUUCGUAAUUGUUCCCACGAGUCGAGUUCGUGUCCUUCUGAAACCUUACUCAACUUCCUCAUUCAGGCCCCCAUUCCAAGUUCAGCGCAUCACAGCCAAGGAACUAGAUAGAGCGACGACGAAAGCAACUCAGUUGUCAAUUCGAUCUCGUGAGACUCGGUCACAAAGACCACUCACUUACUUUGUACGUUCACUGUCUACACAUAUACAUAGAUAAAGUUCCUCUGAUCGAAACUUCGGCACUCCUAUCGGUUCGCAAUUGUUGCGUUGUACGGAAUCUUGGUCCAACAUGGCUGCGACAAGAUUUUCCUCGGCCAUUCCCAUGCACAUUCCAGGGGGACUUGAGGGUGGAUCGAGCGCCUCGGCUCCACCCACCCGGAACAGUUCCACAGUGGGAUUCUCCGGCUCCUAUUUUGGUUCCAUGAUGAGUUUCAGGGUAAGGAAGUCCAUGACGGCCCACAUGAACCCUUCCCCCUUGAUGGAGAAGAAGCUAAUCCGGACCCGCCGUAUGUCUGAAGCUGUCAGAAGUCCUGAAUCCAUCCGAGGGAAGACGCCCAGGCUCAUGAGAAUCCCUACAGAGAUUGGAGACAUCACCAAGGAGUGGGCCCGCCUGGUGGUCAAUCAACAUCUCUUCAAACUGGACAAAGAAAUGAUCCUCACUGAAGACCAGAUCACGCAUUUCCAUGUCGAGGAUUGCAAAUCCGGUUCGGGCGAUUUCAGUUGCACCUACAAGCUCGACGUUCAAGUAAGGAGCUCCAAUGGGGUUGUGGACGGCUACAGUUUUGUGGCCAAACUUUUGCCAGCCGAAGAUGCCGGCCGAGCUUAUGUGUUUGAGGCCAACCUCCUGGAAAAAGAGAUUGAGAUGUACUUCGAAGUGCUGCCGUCCCUGAGAGCCUUCUUGCGCGAUCAAAAGUCGGGAGACAGGAGCGCCAUCAUUGACCGGAGUGUGCCCGAAUGUGUGUACGGAUCGCACAACAUGGAUGGCGCGGGUGUAUUGGUUUUCAACUCCAGUUUGGAAAAUGGCUUCCGGCAUUGCGACAAUCCCGAGGGUCUUUCUGCUGAUGAACUAUUAAUCACAGUGGACCGAUUGGCUCAAAUCCACGCCUCCGGUCGAGCAUUUUUGGCCGAAAAGACUGAAGAAUUGGUGCGACGCAGAUAUCCUUCGCUCUCUAAAGAUAUGUACACAAAUGGGCUCUUGCUCGACCAAUUCAACCAGAAUCUUCAGACCUACUCUGAUCUACUCCACAGUGCCCCAUUGGGCGAGUUCAGCGAAGCCAAGGAGCUCUUUGACAAGCUGAGGUGCGAACAUGGUGUUUGGGAUAUGCUCCAAGGGCUCAAGCGCCGAGGUCCGGAAUCCCUGAACACCAUCAUUCACGGCGAAUUAUGGGAAAAGAACAUUCUCUUUCACGCCAAUGAGCCGAAAUGUGUUCUCCUUGACUGGAAGAACGCCAAGAUUGCUUCUCCCAUGCUGGAUCUAGCCUUCCUGUUGUUCUCGUCUUCCAAUAUUCACAUGAUUUCCACCGAGGGUCAGACCAAAGUUCUCAAAGCCUAUCAUACGAGUUUUUGCUCCACCCUGAAAAACCUCAUGCCGAAAUGCAAGCCUCCAAGCUUUAGCGCACUUCAAGUGGACUUCCUUCAAACCGUUCGCGAUGCCUUAAUGCAAUCUAUUUGCAUUUUCGUGCAAGAGAUGGAGUUUAUGGAAAACGCCAUCACCAAAACCGCCGGCCAAGACGUUGAGUUGGUUAAUAAGAUGCAAAUAUACGAGAGGCGGGCCAUGAAUCUACUUUUGGGGAUUGAUUUCGCUAGUCUGCCACGGGACACAGAUUCGGAUGAAGAUGAAGAUAUGUUGAUGGGUAGAGCAUCAUCCACGCCUCGAACUCUGAGAUUCAAGAGGGCCAAAGGCUUCAGGAUUGGAUUGGAAGAUGACGACGACGACGACGAGGAUGAUGAUGGCGAUGAAAGCAGCGGCGAAUUCGAUGAUGACAGAGAUGCUUCCGGUUACAUAUCUGUCUAGCUCAAAUCACUUCGAAAACAAUCAGGCUAUGCGGUGUUAAAUUGUGUUCUGGUUGGUUCAGGUGAUCAAGUUGUGGAACUCUCAUGAAAUGGUUCCAACCUAAAAUUUCAGUUUGAUUCGAGCAGUCAAACAUUGACUAAUUUUUGUCGAUCCCCAUAAGAAGCACCCCUGCGUCCAAUUCAAAUGACUUUUUACAUAUAAAUCUAAGCCAUUUUUCUAGUAUCAUAAUUUGUUGCCAUAUAUAUUUGAGCUAAAUUAAGAAAUAAAAUUUCAAUAGUAGAGACUUUAA